UUUCAUGAAGGGCUUGAUUCCAAAUUCGAACUUUUCAUUCUACCUUCGGUCCCUAUUCCAUCUCUUAUCCAAUAAAUUUUUCUACAGCAUCCAAAUCAUAUGUAGAAUCCAACAAUUCAAUUAUGAAAUCCAAAUGAAAAUAAUAAGCUUUUUCCUGAAAGCAUAUGUAUACCUGACAUAACGAAUACUUCUGACUAGGGAAUUAGAAUACUUCAAAUUCGGGAAUCAACACAAUUUUUAAUUUUUUUCCUUCCAAUGUCUCGUAAAUUUUCCUCCGAGAGAAGUACUAUGUAUUUUUCAACACUCCUCAUAGGUGAGGAUGGACAAUUAUUAUUUUUAAAUUAAGGGGGAGUACUAAUUCAGGUGGGAGUUAAGGGGGAGUAUAUUUCAGGUGGAUAUUCCAUCUUUAUGAUUUCAAAAAAAUUACCUAUAUUUGCAGACUAUUUAUUUACCUUUAAAUAAAAUUAGAAAAAAUUUAAAAAAUUUUUUAAAAAUUAAAAAAAAUUAAAUGUUUUUUCUUCUUUAUUUUCUUACUGUCUUCUUCCUACUCAAGGCAUUUUUCCUCUUUUUUCAGACUGUGACUCCAGAGCAACUUUUCAUUCUGUUCGGAGUCUAUGGAGACGUUAUUCGCGUCAAAAUCCUCUUCAAUAAAAAGGAUAAUGCUUUGAUACAGUACUCUGAUAUUCAACAGGCACAAUUAGCAAUUCAACACUUGGACAAAUUAAAAUGGAAUGGGCGUAAUAUUCGAGUUACAGCUUCCAAGCACACCCUUGUUCAAAUGCCUAAAGAGGGCCAGCCAGAUGCUGGUUUAACUAAAGAAUUUACAAAUUCUUCUCUUCAUCGUUUUAAAAAACCUGGAAGCAAAAAUUAUAUGGUACACAAUUUUUUUGUUAGUAUACAGUCAAACCUAGAUUCUUUUUGUUAGAUACUAGUGUUUUACCGGAACUGAAAUUGUGACCGGAACCGGAUCCAAUUUGAAAAAAACACCUGAACUCAAAAAACACCGGAACAAAAAACAAAAAAAAACACCGGAACUCUCUGGAAGCGGAACCGGAACUUCGGGUCAAACCAUUAUAGAUACCCCUAAAUUUAAGA